AUGGAGCAAGUAAUAUAUCAGUUGGCAAUUGUAUUUGUCGCACAUAGGAAUUGUAUGCUUGGUGAUUUGUUUGACGUACUUGCUAUUAUUGUGAAUUUGAUUGGUGCAUCAUGUAAGCGUGUAGAUGCUCUUCGAACAAGUUAUCAAGCUAAUAUUCUGAAGAAGCUUAAUAUUGGGGAACUUACUGGUGAAAGUGGUCAGUUUCAAGAAAUGAGUUUGGCACACCCAGAUGAUACUAGGUGGGGCUCACAUCUACUGACAAUUACUCGUUUCAUUAAUAUGUUUAAUGCUAUCAUAGAUGUUCUUGAAAAUAUAUUAGAAGAUGGCGUACAUUCAGAUAAAAAAUCUUCGACCAACCUGAGAGAGAAUGGUUGGGAUACUUUGUUGAGUAGGGUGAUUGAGUUUUGUGUUGAUAGACAUAUUUUAGUGCCCAAUAUGGAGGAUAUUGUAGUGGUGAAAGUUCGACCUAGGCGUUUCUAUCCUUUGGACUUCAAUAGUGAAGAGUUUUUAUUAUUUAGACCUCAGCUUGAUAAGUUUCUUUUGCUUGUGAGAAUGGACGAAGCUUUCUUUAAUUUUAAUAGCAUAUUUUGUGUAGCUCAGAAGUUGGUUGAAACUGGAAGUUCCUGUUAUUUUCCAUUGGUUUAUAGGCUGCUCACCUUGGCAUUGAUAUUACCUAUGGCAACUGUAAGUGUUAAAAAGGUAUUUUCUGCUAUGAAUUCUAAUCAACUGUGA